AUGACUGCUACUACUCCUCCAUGCCAGCGUCCCGUUGCAGAUGCAACCACGCCAUUCUGGCGAACCGAGCUUCACAAACUCGACACCUUCAGGUCGACGGAAGAGCCACCACAGGAAUGCGACGUUGUAGUGAUCGGUUCUGGCUAUGCGGGCGUCAGUACGGCAUAUCAUAUCCUAGAGAAUAAUGACUUUCCGCCCUCGAUUGUCAUGCUCGAGGCGAGAGAGGCUUGCUCAGGAGCGUCGGCAAGGAAUGGGGGCCAUGUAAAGCCCGAUGUAUACUACAACAUUCUCAAAUACACCAAGAAGUAUGGUGCCGAGGCCGCUGCCAGCUUCGCGCGAUUCGAGGCCGCCAACGUCCUUGCCGUUAAACAGCUGGUCGAGAAAGAGGGCAUUGACUGCGAUUUCGUCAUGACAAGAGCAGUCGAUGCAUACCUGGAUGCCGAACAUGCAAAAGCAACAGAAGACUCAUAUAAGGAACUCGUGCGCAUCGGCGUCGCGGAUCUCGGUGAUGUGCAAUUAGUGCACGGUGAAAAGGCAGAGAAGGCAAGCGGUUUUAUAACUGGCAUAAAAGACACAAAAUGCUGCUUUUCUUUCACUGCCGCGCAUCUCUGGCCCUACAAGCUUGUUAUGGGCCUCCUGUCUAAAUUGGUCGACAAGGGGAUCAAUCUCCAAACACAUACACCAGUAACUGCAAUAUCUGAACAACGUGAUUCGGAGGGAAGGUGGACAGUCACUACCAACCGCGGCUCUAUACGAGCCAAGAAGCUCAUUCUCGCCACGAAUGGGUACACAGCCGCCAUCUCGCCGCAGUUCCACGAGAAGAUUGUCCCGGUUCGAGGAAUCUGUAGUCGCAUCGUUGCACCGGACGCAGCUAAGGUCUCCCGCUUGACAAGCAGUUGCAGCAUACGAUAUGGCAAGGGCAUAUAUGACUAUAUGAUUCCACGCCUGGAUGGUUCCAUCGUAAUCGGGGGCGCAAAGCCAAGGUUCUGGCAUGAUCUGAACCAUUGGUAUGGUGUUACAGAUGAUAGCAAGCUGAUCGAGCCUGCCAAAGACUAUUUUGACGGGUUGAUGCAACGUCAUUUCAAUGGCUGGGAGGAAUCUGGUGCUUAUACGGACAUGGUGUGGACUGGUAUCAUGGGCUGGACGACGGACUUCAUGCCGUAUGUGGGUGAAGUGCCCAACAAGCCCGGGCAGCUCAUAAUUGCCGGGUUUAGCGGCCACGGAAUGCCUCUGAUAUGUCUUGCUUCAAAGGCGAUGGCGGAGAUCGUCAAGGGGAGUACGUUUGAAGAUACCAAGCUGCCGUUCAUCUUUAAGCCGACUAUGGAAAGGCUGUUGUCGACCGAGAAUGACAUAUUGGGAAAAUAG